GUGGUUGAUGAAGCUAAAAGGAUCAACAAACUCUCUGAACAUACGAAAUAUGCAAUUAAGCUUCUUGGUGUUGUUGGCCGUUUUCUCGAAGUUAUGAUAUUCCAAAUGAGUGUUAUUGGAUCAAGUGUUGCUAAUAACGAAGACACAUAUAAUGUUAGCAAAUUUUACCAAAGUGGAUUACGUUACUACUUAGAAAAAUGUCAAUAUAAAUCAAAAUAUUGCGACAAACUUCUCACAAGAACAAAAAAACACAUUAAUGAGAAGUAUCAACGCUACUUUGAUCACUUUCAAUCAAAAGAUAAUCUGGAAUUAAUCCCCCACUUGGUGGCAUAUAGUUUGUUCGAAUGGCCUGUUGAACGGUCGGACACAAUUGGUAUUAAAAAGAAGCGUAAAAUUGAG